UAAUGAUUAAAUUGCUUUUUAUUCGUAAAUUUUUAUAAAAAUAGCCAGACGUUUCAAUUUAUUAGUUAAAUUUUCUUCAGUGGCAAUAAAGAUAUGUUAUAAGAAAACAUAAAAUUCAAACAAAAAAACUUGUAUAUAGCAAAACGACUUUACACUUUUCUAAAACGAUGUUGACUAUAGAUAAUUUAUACAAAUAUAAAAAUUUACGAAUAAAAAGCAAUUUAAUCAUUAUUUUAUUAAAAUAUUUUUAAAUAUUAGUUCUAUAUUCGUAUUCCCAUAUUCAGAAACAUCUCUAUGUCUGUAUACCUUGUGAUGAAAUGAUGUGCAAAAUGUGAUGAGUUUAAAGUUCAUCUUAUUCAUUAUGAGGAGUUUCAUCUCAUUGAACUUUCGCCCCUUUCUGAUUUUGCACAUCUAUUUGAUAAAGAAAUCUUGAUCUUAUAAACUAAGAUCGCUAGUAAUACAAAGCUUAUUCCUCUAAUGUUGAAAUGUUGACAGUAACAGAGAGUACUUACGAAAAUGUUUUGACGAAAGAAGCUAAAGUUGGUGACAGUAUUUUCUGUUUUCUGUAUGUAUGACGGAAGAUAUAUGUUAUCUGUAAGGAAUAAAAUUUGUGUAUGAUGCCAAACAGAUCAUGAUUUAUACUCAGUCAAAAUAGUGUAAUUGUUUUUUUGCGAUUUUAGUGAGCGUCGAUUUCCCGGCUAUAAUCGUGAAUCAUCGCAGUUUAAAGCUGAUGUUCAUCGUCGUCAUAUAUUUGGUUUACAUGUAGCUGAUUAUAUGAACUCACUCAAAGACGAGAAUUCUGAUCAAUAUCAAAAACAAUUUAGUCGAUUUAUUAAAAAUGGAAUUGCACCAGAUAAUUUUGAAGCAAUGUAUAAAUCAGCUCAUGCAGCUAUUCGCUCGGAUCCAUCACCAACAAAAAAGAAAGAGAAGAAAACGGAUGUAAAACCAAAACGUUGGACAAAAGUCAAAUUGGCUCGUUCAUCUCGACAAAAUCGGGUACAGCAACGAAAAACAGCGUUUUUAAAAACAAUUCAAGCCGAACCAGAAGAAUAA